CAGAGCUCUUUUUCGCCACCCUCACUGAACAGCACGCGUAAUUACUGAAAGAAAGAAAAAAAUAAAUCAUCAUCUGCACUUCCCCGCACGCAUUAACAUCACUUGUUUUCUCCUCCACAACUGUCAAAGACUCAAUAUCGACAUUCAUUUGCUUGUGAUCAUCGACCUUUCGAGAUCUUCUCCAUGAGGAUGGCGGACAAGGAGCGUUCUGGCAGUCUCUCUGAGGACUCUGCCUUGCCUUGGAUUCUCGAUCAUUUCUUAAAAUAUCCCGGUUCUUACGAGAUCCCAUUGCGCACGAUGUAUGCUUUGAACUCGACACCCAGCGCACAACCACAGCCACAGCCAACUUCACGACCGCCGACAGCAUUCUCUCGCAGAGGUGCACAGUCGCCUCCUGCGAGGUCUCCGCCAGCUUCCCCAACCUCUCCUGGGUUUCCAUCGGACGACAGAGCCUGCCCGGCUGCACAAUUCAGAGCUCAGCUGUUGAGCCAGAUAUCUCGUUUGCCAUCUCAGCCCUGCUCGCUGCCUCCAAGUUUCGUGACAUCUUUCCUUCGUCGUUGCUUUAGUCCGAAUAUCGAUGAGGUCGACUUCCCUCAGGCACUCACUGGCCUGGACUAUCUCAAAGACCUGGAGACACGCCGCAGAAAAGAGGUGUUUGCCGCCCUCAAAAGACUUGGCCUUGACCGCGAUGAUCUAUGCAGCAAAGAUGAGCUUGCGAAGAAAUAUCCUGGCGUGUUGCGCUGGCUCGAGUCCAUCGAACAGAAUGAGCGAAAAGUAGAGGCCCUGUACACUCAGGUUUAUAUUGGUCUGCGACGUUGGACGCUGCUCAACGAGAUGUUGACGGAACCAUUCAGCAGGACAAACUGCAUUGUCAUGCUCAACACUCUCUUUCCGCCCGUCACAACGGCAACCAUCCAGCCAACAUCACAGCUGACGCCGAAGAUCCUGCAGUCCCAACGCGAUGGUUUCUGGCGUUACAUAUCCGCGGUUGAGACCAAUGGGAAGCAGAUCCUUGACAAGGUCAUCCAGCAAGGGGCCCGGGAGGGCGACGAGACCGGUUGGCCUCUUGUCCGCGAUGCCUUGGACAAAUAUCUUCGACUUGCCAAUUCUAUGAUCGACGAAUGUAACGAGGUGAAUGGCCGUGACAGCCUCGAAGAGGAGGAUUGCUCUCGUAAGAGCCACAAGGGUCGGAAGGUAGAUUCUGGAAUCAGUUUCGGUUCCGCCGAACGACUUCCACCUGUCAGCACCAGCAGCAACACCGCAGCAGUCCUGGACAAGCCUCUUCCUCCAUCGCCUACCUUUUCCAAGAAAUCAGGCAGCUCCACCCUGGAAAGAAUAGCCAAGGAGUUCCGCAAGAUGGGAGAAGGCAAGAGCCGCAGCCUCAAGAAGAUGCGCUCCACAAGUGCUCUUAGUGACCGCCAUGAGCCCUUGAACAGCAGUCAGAGUGAUGCUCCGUUCUUCGACGCUGAUGAGUUCAAGCGUAAGAGGAUGAUCUGGGAGGCCACGACCAAGAAGAAGGGAUAUCACUCGAAACAGGCCAGCACUCAGUCGCACUAAGCAGUGCAUUCACUCCCCGCGUGGGGACUCUUGAAUAUGAUUUGGAACACCUUGAACGCCUGGAUGAGCUCAGGAUAGACCAGUCAUUGCCCACUUUUCAAUUCUUCGGUAUUGAGCUCUUUCUUGAUUGAUUGUCAUUAUUACCGGCGGGGUUUGGCUGGAUUGGCAUGUAUUCCCACUAGGUGUUUGGAAGGAUCUGGCGUAUGGAAGGAACUAUGUCUGAUACGAAAAAAAAAGGCACGAUGAUGAUGCAUUCCUUGAUGAUUUCUUUAUUUUGUCUUUCACCUUUCCUUGAUGGACUUGUACAUUGAAGGUCGUUCUCUGUGAUUUUCUUUUCUCUCUGUUGCAUAUAGUUAGUGACUUAGAGUAGCUAUUGAUAGCCUGGAGUUCAAUCAACUGAGCUACAAAAAGAACUGAGGACGUCUGGUAUUCUUGUAUCAAAGAAUAACCAUUAGCGUAAGCACAUCUAUUGAAUCCAGUCAC